CCGACCGGGCAAAAUCGACUCGUAAAUGUGUUCGCGAGACUCUCGCGGAACCUCACGUUAAGUGGUCAGAUUUCAAGUAGCUUUUAGGUUGUACAAUGAUCAUUAGUAAAAGUAUAUUAAAUAUGUAACUGUGAUUGACAAGGAACAUUUGUAAGGCUCGAGUGGGAAAAGGGCUUGAGCAGAUCACCAGGUCUUCACGCCAUCUCAUCAAAUGUGCAAAUGUAGACAUGUGACAUUAAGGAUAAGGGCUCCCAAGAUGAAAAGACGAUCGCUGCCCACCGUCCGGGAGGAAAAUCGUAGGAGUGUGUGUACCAGUGACUUUGCAAUAUAUUCCAUGGUGACAGCAACUGCAGUGCUUAGCUAUAUGAACAGUUUAUCUGGCGAGUUCGUUCACGAUGAUAUACCAGCUAUAGUGACAAAUGGUGAUGUGACUGGUGGGAACUCGUUGAAGCAACUGUUUUUGGAUGACUUCUGGGGUACACCUAUGGCUGAUGCGAACAGUCAUAAGUCGUACAGGCCUUUGACUACGCUUUCCUUUAGACUGAACUACGCCCUCGCGGGGCUCCGGCCGUGGUGGUGGCAUGCGUGCAACGUCGUGUUACACGCUGCGUGUUGCGCGCUUGUAGCGCGAGCGUGUGUUACUGUAGCGCGUCUGCAACGACCGUUCGCGGCGCUCGCUGCUGUGCUAUUUGCCGUUCACCCCGUACACACGGAAGCAGUGGCAGGAGUGGUGGGCAGAGCUGACGUACUAGCGUGUAUAUUCUUUCUAUCAUCACUAUUAGUUUAUCACAGACCUACAAGUAACAAGAAAUGUGUAUGGCUAAGUAUAGGACUCGGGGCUUUAAGUAUGUUGGCGAAGGAAACUGGAGUCACAAUAUUACUACUCAAUCUAGCCAUCGACUUUUAUAGGUGCUGGCCCUUCGUAAAAAGAUCAAUAUGCUCUUUGAAGAUCGAGAAGAAAUGCACUGGGUUGUCAGUAAGGGCAAUCAAGGUGUUAGUAUCGUUGGCUCUGCUGGUCUGCCUAAGGUUGGCUCUAUUGCAAGGCACAUGGCCUUCCUUCUCACCACAGGACAAUCCUACCGCGUUCCAUGCCAGUUUCUUCGUCAGAUUGAUGACGUUUUGCUACCUAGCGGCGUUCAACUGGUGGCUUCUGUUAUGUCCAUGGUCGUUGAGCCACGAUUGGCAGAUGGGUUCAGUUCCUCUGGUCACCAGUGGAUGGGAUCUUCGGAAUCUGGUGACGUGUGCCGCCUUUGGAGCCUUGCUGUUGCUCUGCUACCGAUGUGUGGCCGACCUAGAGGUUCAGAGGCAUACUCCAGCUGUGAUAGGUCUUCUACUUCUGGUAAUACCGUUUGUACCAGCCAGCAAUCUACUAGUGACUGUUGGUUUUGUCAUCGCUGAACGGGUACUUUACAUCCCUAGUGUAGGCAGCGUGAUAAUCACAGCAUACGGAGUUCAGCUGAUGUGGUCCAAGCCGGGAACGAAGGCGUUUCUAGUGGUAGGACUGGCGGUGUUGACGGCGAGCGGAGUUGCGCGCACGCAUCGACGCAACGCUGACUGGAGAGACCGAGCUACUUUACUCAGGGCGGAUUUAGUGACUUUGCCGCAAAACGCUAAACUGCACUAUAACUUCGCAAACUUCCUGAGAGAGACAGAACAGCAAGAGAAUGCUAUCAAACAUUACAAAGAAGCUUUGAGGCUAUGGCCAACGUAUGCGAGUGCCCACAACAAUGUAGGCACUUUGGUCUCCGGAAUGGAAAACGCUGAACAUCAUUUCCUACAAGCUAUAAAAUUCAACAAGUACCAUGUUAACGCACACUACAACCUAGGGAAGCUUUACAAGAAAAGUGGACGCACAACACAAGCAGUUUCAAUGCUGGAGAAAUGUGUGUGGCUGCAACCGAGGUUCGUACAAGCGUUCGUGGAACUCCUAACUCUGACCAGUGAUUCAGGGAAACAGCCCAUAUUGAGGCGGUUACUGACCUUGGAACCUGCUAAUUGGGAACAUCACGUGUUAUAUGGUGACUGGUUCAGAACUAAAGGCCUACCAAAUCCAGCGUCGAAAUUCUAUUUGGAAGCGAUGAGACUGAGUUUUAGAAACCGGAACAUUGAGAGGUUAGUGAGAGGCGAUCUGAUUUCAUUCAGGUCAACGGCUCUCAUGUACCGCUCGUUAGGGCAGAGAUCUAGAACGUUACAGCUUCUAACGAGAUGGCACACUUGGAGACGAGGAUGGCCGAGUGCUGCUGCUACACAUAUGUACUUGCGGGAUUGGAGACUGAAGAUGGAGCUGGAAGGAAGAGUACAAAUCUACUCUAAAGCUGUCAACCCUGCGAAAUCUACAACCUGCUUCGACCAUUCGCAACUUGCAGUCCUAAACGCAGCAGAAGAAACAGCUACAAAUUUAAAAGAAUCACCAAACAAAAGCGAACAAUUGACUCGUAAAAGUGUCGCAAAAUACCCAACUAGUGCUAAAAGUGACAAUAGUGAAGAAAGUUUGUGUAACUGCAAAACUUGCGGGACCAAAAAACGUAAUUUGUCAGUAUCAUCACAAAUAAAAACAACACACAACAAAUCAGAAAUUGGACUGAAAGAAAAAAAGUGUAGUUUGCGUAGAAAGGGUAAAGCUAUAAAGAACUCAGAUGUAAUACCAAACAUAGGGGCUCCGUUAGAACACAUACUUAUGAAAACGUUUUAAUUUUAAGAAGAUUUGUGUUUGGCGAGGUAACAGAUAU